AUGGAGUAUUCGAAAGAUCCCACGCAGGCCGCACAGGUCGAGAAGCAAGCGGAAGUCGAGCUCGACGCUGAACAAUGGGAGGAUCCCAGAGUCAAGAAGAUCAAGCGGAAAGUCGACCUCAGGCUGAGCGCUAUUCUGGCGCUGAUGUACAUCGUGAACCAGAUUGACAGGACUAAUCUGCCGAAUGCUGUGAUUGCCGGCCUCGACGACGAUCUCAAUCUUGUCGGAAACAGAUACUCGAUUAUCGUCCUCGUCUUUUUCCCUUUCUACGUCCUCUUUAAUCCGGUGGCGACUGUCCUCGCAAGGAAGCUCGGUCCUCGUCCAUUCCUGGCUGGCAUCACUCUCGCCUUUGGGCUGGUCGUCAUUGGAUUUGGACUGGCGAAGAACUGGACGACUCUGAUCGGGCUCCGAAUCCUACUGGGCACAUUCGAAUCGUGUUUCUUCCCGUCUGCCCUGUUCUUGGUCCAGAUGUGGUACAUCAGACGAGAGGUCGCCAAACGCAACGCCUUCUUCUAUCUCGUGGGAAACAGCGUCGGUGGUUUCGGUGGCGUCCUGGCCUACGGCCUGCAGCAAAUGGAUGGAAUCCAAGGCCAUGCUGGCUGGUCCUGGAUCUUCAUCUGGGAAGGCAUCAUCACGAUCAUCAUCGCCAUCCUCGGAUACAUCUUCCUCGUCGACUUCCCCGAAGACGCCACAAAGACCAAAUUCUUCCUGAAGGAAGAUGAGAUCCAGAUCAUGAUCGAUCGAGUCGAGCGGGAUCGAGCGGACGCUCAUGUCACGCCUUUUCAUAUCUGGACGUAUCUGGCCCAGGCGAAGGAUUGGAAAGUUUGGUUCUUUGCUGCGAAUUUUGGCUUAUCUGCGGUUGUGACGUACUCCGUUUCAUACUUCCUGCCCAUCAUCUUGCGGGAGUCGCUCGGCUUCUCAGUCGUUCAAGCUCAAUGUCUGACUGCUCCAUGCUACGCCUUCAGCUUCCUACUCGGCAUGGUCGAAGCCUGGAUCUCCGACAAAUUCAACAUCCGGGGGCACAUCAUCGUCUUCAACUGCAUCCUGGAGAUCAUCGGCGUGGCAGUUCUAGGCUACGUGCGCGAACCCUACGGCCGCUACGUCGGCGCAUAUCUAAUCACCGCCGGGUCGAACUCAAACGUAUGUGCGUCGAUGACAUAUCAAGCCAACAACGUCGUCGGCCAAUGGCGGAGGGCGUUUACGUCUGCCACUAUCGUCGCUAUGGGUGGCGUUGGUGGCGUCGUUGGAUCGCUCGCCUUUCGACAUCAGGAUGCUCCCAGCUAUCGACCUGGUCUUUAUACGUGCUUCACUGCGGCGGCUCUCACGAUUGUUAGUGUUGCGACGACGAGUGUGUAUAUGUUUGUGAAGAAUAAGCAGCAGGCGAAAGGCAAGAUUGUUAUUGAAGGCGUUCCGGGGUUUCGAUAUACACUAUAG